UUCAGUUAUCGUAUCCCUUAACAGAGAUGAUGCUUCAGCAAUUGCCCCAAGAUACCCCUCCUGUCUAUGUCACAAAUGAUAGAUCAGUUCAGAACUUGAUAGAUUUUAGUAGUAGGAAUGUUGUUCGCCUUUGCGUCUCUACGCGAUGCAUGGAUGGACAGUCGGUUAAGGGAUGUGUUAAUGAUAUAAAUAACUCUUGUUCUAUUGCCGAUGGGGAGCCAACGGAUGAAUUUGGUGACGAUGUAGAUCCAGGUGCCGAUGAAGGUGUAGAAGAAUGUGAAGAAGCUCUCCAUGACACUACAGAUGAGAAGCCAAAAGAUGUUGAUGACAUGGAUUUCGAUUACAGUGAGUACGGGAAAUUUGAAGAUGACGAUGAAGAUGGAGAUCACCCGGAUGUAGAUGCUGAAGAAGGGAAACCGUUUGUUGGUGGUAUUCAUGGACAGUUAAAUAAUCCUUGGAUAGACCAACUGAAAGUAGGUCAAUGCUUUCCAUGCAAACAUAAUGUCAUAACAGAGGUGUGUUUGACCGCUAUUAUGCUAAAAUUCUCUUUCAAAAUUAAGAAGUCCACAAAGUCUCGGUUGGUGGCAAUAUGCUCUGUGCCAGGAUGCACGUGGAGGGUCAUGGCCACUGUGAAGAAUGAUCCAACCACUUUUUGGGUCACCAAAUAUCUGAACGUGCAUACAUGUGUUAUUGUGGACCGCAUAACUCACCGUAAGCGUUGCACCUCCAAAUAUAUUGGGAUGCUUUUUGUAGACCGGGUAGGAAUAGUAGAUGGUGUUGUCCCACAACAUAUCCAAGAUUCAAUAAGGACAAUGUUCGGCAUGACAUUACAUUACACAACUUCGUACAGGGCUUGGAAUAUGUGAGAGGAAACGCCAAAUCUGGAUAUGUGAAGUUGCCUUAUUGUCUUAGAAAAAUAGAGCAGUCAAACCCGGGAAGUGUCGUUGACCUUGUUGUUGAUGACGAGCAUAGGUUUAAGUACUUUUUCCUAUCUUUCGAUGCUUCAAUCCGUGGUUUCAAUUACGUGAGGCAAGUUAUUGUGGUUGAUGGGACCCAUCUCACUGGAAAGUAUGAAGGUGUAUUGCUAGUCGCUUGCGCACAGGAUGGUAACUUUCAGAUAUUUCCGUUGGCUUUUGGAAUUGUCGACUCAGAGUGUGAUGCUUCAUGGGAUUGGUUUUUCACCAAAUUAAGUGAGUGUAUUUCGGAUGAAUAUCCACUAGUAGUAGUUUCGGAUAGGUGCAGUUCAAUAGCUAAAGCAUGUCGCAAUGUUAUGCCAUGGGCAACACGAGGGAUAUGUUACUACCAUCUCCAACAAAACAUAAUUUCUAAUUUUCGUGGGAAGCAACUGAUGUACUUGGUGAAAGGGGCAGCAUAUGCGCAUACGUAUGAUGAUUACAACCGCUACAUGGCUUCCCUUACUAACGUAAAUCUGGCCCUUGCAGCAUACUUGAAUGAGGCAGAUCCAGCUUUAUGGUCUCGGGUUUACUGUCCAGGAGAUAGAUACAACAUCAAGACUAGCAACAUUACGGAAUCUAUCAACUUCAUGCUAAAGAAAGCCAAAGGUUAUCCCAUCACAUAUCUCAUUGAGUUUAUUACAAAAAGUUAGGUAGGUGGUAUUGGAAAAGACGAGAGGAUGCAAUUAGUCUGACAACCACUUUUAGCCGGGGUGUUGAGUUCUUAUUGGCCGUAAGGGAGCAUUACGCAGAUAUGAUGACGGUAAAACGCAUUGAUGGCUGGCGUUUCUACGUUAGGGGUGGGCAACGUGACUGUUUGGUUGACUUGGAAGCAAAAUCUUGUUCAUGCGGGGUGUUUGAUGUUGAGAAAAUGCCAUGUUCACAUGCAAUUAAGGCUGUCAAGUCAAGCGGAUGGCAUAUGUCUAUCGUAGUUGAAGCUUACUAUAGAAAAGAUUAUGUCUAUGCGUCGUACGCGGCUACCAUCAUGCCCAAUGUCGAGCACGAUCCAAUUGGGCCAGAUAUCCGAUGUAUACCUCCCAUACCGAAGCGGAAGCCUGGAAGGCAAAAGAAGUCUCGUUGGCUAACAUGGCUAGAACUGUCACGUAAAAAUGGGAGCAAGCCGAGGAAGUCUCAUAAGCAAUAUGCUUGUUCAAAAUGCAGACAGCCUGGACAUACUCGACCUCAUUGUGUUGCUGAACACGACGAGUAGAAGUUAACUUCAUCGUGAAGUCAUCUAGAGUUUCCCUAGCUAUAAUUUGUCUCUGUAAUUUUCUGGGAUUAUCCCACGUGUUCAAGUCGACAUUAUUAAAGACUAGUACGUAACUAUCAUUUACUCGUAAGACCAUUUUAUGAUACUCCUCUUCUUGAACAACCACAAUCAGCUAGAGAAUGAUGAGCCAAAUUUCGGGGUCAGUUUCUGAUACAAAUUCGCAUAUACAUUCAAUGUACCCUUUCGAUAUCUCUGCAUUCGUUGUACCCUUUCGCUAUCUCUACAUUCGUUGUACCCUUUCGAUAUCUUUACAUUCGUUGUAACCUUUCGAUUUCUCUACAUUCAUUGUAUCGUUGCCGUCUCAAUUUCACCUAUAAAUAUUCUCUCAAUUUACACUCAAUCUAUUACAUCUCCUUCUUCGAUAACAAGAGAAUAAGUUGGUUACGAGCUAUGGCCGGAGAGGUUCCAGUAAGCGUAAGUGAAGCAGUUCCGAUUUCCAGUGGGAAGAGGAAGUAAUAGAUGCCAUGAAAGACGCUUUUGAGAGGACGAGAGUCGUGGUUGAAGAAGAGACGAAGGACCGCUUUAAAGCCAUUUUUAGUAUGAUGAGAUAUCACAUGAAGAAGAAGGAAGAGGCUACUGCCCUUGUGUAUCAAGUGGAUCUGAUCGACGCUCAACUAUCCCAACUGAAUCAAUUAUUGGGUCAACAACUUGUCGACUUUGUGGCAGAGCACAAGACUUGCAGAAGCUGAUGUCAAACAGUGUGUGCUUUAGUACGAGUCUUAAUCUAGUUAGAUGUAAUAUUAAUAUGACAUACAAUUUUUAAUGAUAGGUAAAAAGUUCACAUCAAA